ACUGUCCUUUCCAACCCUGUAAAGAGCGGCAGCUUCACUUUCAGCCAGGAGCAAACAACAGGUUGCCUGCACAACUCAGAACAUGUUGAUUAUGGAGUGGCAUCAUUGGAAGCUUACAAAAGAAGAUGCUUGACCAGUGAUUUGAUUGAGGAACAGAGAAAGGUUCAAGAAGCUGAGUUAGUGAUUUUUCAGUUUCCCUUUUAUUGGUUCAGCAUGCCUGCCAUCAUGAAGGGCUGGAUGGACAGAGUCUUGGUCCAAGGAUUUGCUCACAACUUCCCACAGGGUUAUGAUGAUGGCUUGCUCAAGAUCCAGGAGUAUUGUAUUUUUGUAAACCCUAAGCUCUUGGAGGCUACAAAGAUGUCGCUGGAAGAUAUUCACAUGAACACGCAGGACUUGCUGCAGAAGGAAGAACUAGAUGCUGGAGGAUUUGGAAUGGUUUCUUUAUGUUAUCACAAGAAAUAUGGGCUUGUGGUAUUAAAAACAGUAUAUACGGGACCCCAGCGCACAGAAUAUAAUGCUUCCCUUCUUGAAGAAGGCAAGAUUAUGCGCAAACUAAGUCACGAUCGGGUGGUGAAAUUACUAGGCAUCAUUCUGGAAGAUGGGAACUACUCUCUGGUGAUGGAGUAUGUGCACAAGGGAAACUUGAUGAAAGUACUAAAAACAUCCACUAUUCCCUUGUCUGUGAAAGGGCGGUUCAUCUUGGAGAUCAUUGAAGGAAUGCUUUAUUUAAAUGAGCAGAGUUUGGUACACAAAGACUUGAAACCUGAAAACAUCCUUGUAGACGAUGACUUUCACAUUAAGAUUGCAGAUCUUGGCGUCGCCUGCUUUAAAAACUGGAGUAGACUGACCAAAGAAGAGACCAGCCGGCAGAGGAAAAUCAAGAGCAAUUCCAAGAGCCCAUCCAGGAGCGCCGCUGGCACUCUUUUCUAUAUGGCCCCGGAGCACUUACUCUCAGUUAACACAAAACCUGUGGAGAAGUCAGAUGUUUACAGUUUUGGCAUAGUGCUCUGGGCAAUUUUUGCCAACAAAGAGCCAUAUGAAAAUGCUAUAAAUGAAACACACAUUUGCUUUGGCAUCAUGAAUGGGAACAGGCCAAAUACAGAAGAUAUUAAAGACAGUUGUCCAAAGGAAAUUAUCGACUUAAUGAAGUACUGUUGGCAACAAGAGCCAGAAAAUCGGCCGACCUUUUCAGAAAUUAGUCAGAAAUAUAAGCCAUUUUACUGUGAGCAACUAGAAAAAGAUGUUGAAGAUGACUUGAGAAAGAUAAAGAAAGUGUACCCUGGGCCAACUGAACUUGUGAAAAGGAUGCAGUCCCUUCAGAUAGACUCUGUCGCAGAAUCUCCAAAUAACGGACAUGCACAAACAGAUCAGCCCAAUUCUCUACAUAGCUCUCAGGGUCUCAUGACUGGCAAUGUGGAUGAAGCCAUGUUUGCUCCCUUUCCGGCAAACCAGCCUGUCGAGAGCUGUGAGACCUCCUUUGAGGCUUCUAUGGGCCUAGAAAGAAAACUGCAGGAUGAAUUAAAUUAUCAUAAGUAUGGCAGUCGGAUGGAUAAUUCAGAAAGCCAACCUGUGAUAUACAGUGCUGAAAAGAGAGAGGAGGAAAGAAGACGAAGGGUGUCCUUUGAUCCAUUUGCAACUCCACCUGCUGCUCCACAGAUGUGUGAAUCGUAUCUGCAAGCUGAAAGCACAAGGUCAAAAGCCAGUCCCUAUAGUAACAUGACCAAUUACAGUCAUUUACAACAACCACCACCACCAGCUGCAGCAACUCCAAUAUGGGAAAAUGUACCAUACAAUCCAAAUAUUAUGCAUGGGACAAGGCCUCUAGAUCCGAUAAUAGGCUGUCCAGAGGAUCUCUAUGGAUCAAAUUCAGCCAAUACAUUUAGUCUGAAUAAACCCCCUGUGCCUGAAUCUGGCCUAGACCAGCAUCCACAAGCAUCCACACCUUUGUUUCCAAAGAGCCCGAAUACAGAGACAG